ACCCGUGUACGAGGCGACGUAUGUGUAUGUACGAGGUGACCUGUGGGCGCCUUAACACGUGUUGGGGUCACGUGGUGAAGUGUUGAGGCGCCUCCAGCUGUUAGUGUCACGUGGUGAGUGCCACCACCACGUGUCCCACAGUGCCAGGUCACUGCCAACACCCUAGACGUGUCACACGGCACUAGAGAGGCUCAACUCACCGGGCUCCGCCAACCACUGAAGGGCUUCUAUCCCUACCUGUACCUGAUCAACCAGGCUGUGACUCAUACGUCAGGCUGCGAGCAGCCGCGUCCAACAGCCUGGUUGAGCAGCAAGUCAGAUGGAAAAUGAAGCAAAUAUGAAUAUGACUAUAGAAACUGCAUCUGGGGAUAUAUACAAGAGUGCUGAUGGGGCUGAAUCAUUAUCCGAAGAGGAAGUUGAUGUUGUGGGUGCCAGUGCAGCAGAUGGAAAUAAAGGGAUCGAUGUGAACCUCUGUCAAAGGAUCACCAGUAAUGGUCUCGCAGUGAAGUCGAUGACGAGACUGAAACGUGAAAACAACGAAUUGGAUAGUUGUCAGAGAAAUGUUAAAGAUUGCUUGGAAAUUAGUAGCACUGCAAUAGUUAGAAAAGAGAGUAAGCAACACACAAGAACAUCCAGUGGUAGCGAAGGUAACCUGACCGUGCAUGUGUGCACACAUGAAGGCUGUUCAAAGGUGUUUAGUAGACCCAGUCGCCUUGUUCAGCAUGAAAGAACACACACUGGUGAGCGACCCUAUGCAUGUCCCUCUGCAGGAUGCUUUCAAACAUACACUCGACAACAACAUCUCAAGAGACACCUAGAAAUUGGACACCAAGACAAAUCUGACGAGAAAUUAAAAUGUGAUGAAUGUGAAAAGGUCUUUAGCAAUGUUUAUUCUUUGAAGAAACAUCAUUACCGAUAUCAUGUGCGUAAUAUGUUCAAGUGUGAAAGCUGUGAGCUAACCUUUAGGAAGCAGCAGCAUUUGCGUACACACUCCUAUGUGCACACUGGUGUCAAACCAUACAAAUGUAACUUCCCAGAGUGUGACGUUCGAUGUGAGACUCCAAGUCGUCUUAAGCGUCAUAGUAUGAUUCACGAGAAAAACCGCUAUGCUUGCCCACAGGAAUCUUGUCAGGAAACAUUUGAUCAAUAUAAGGAACUGCAACACCAUCUCUCCACUAAUCACCCAAAAGCUUGUGAUAUCUGUGGCAGAACCUUUCGGCAACUUCGACAGGUUAAAGUACAUCGAAUGACUCAUGAAAAUGUCCAAGUGGCUUAUUUCUGCCCCUUUGUAGCUUGUGAUAAGCACUUCUACAAAGAAGAGAACUUAAAGGCACAUAUUGCAACUAAACAUGAGCAGUCCAGGAUCUAUGAGUGUGGUGUUUGCAGCAAACGUCUUUCCACCAAGCAAAAGUUAAUGCAGCAUACAAAGACUCACAGUCCAAGUUACAAACGAAACUAUAAAUCGAACAAGCCACGCAAACCUCGUAAAGAUAAAGGAGUCUUGCGUCGAGAUCUUGCUCGCCUUCUGUCUAACUACUGUAGUGAUGAAGAAUGUAUGGAUAUAAACGAUUUAGAUGCCAGUCAAAAUGAAACGCCAAUAAAAUCUCGGUGUCUUGACAAUCUUGAUCCUAGAGAAGAAAUUAUGUCUCCUGUCACAAAAGAAAUGAAUAAUGCUUCUGAAUGCCAAACAGGUAUUGAAGCCAAUAAAACACAUGAACUGUCUAAAUGUCAAUGAAUGCGAGUUAAAUUGUAUUUACAGUAUUUUCAUAUUAUCUAUUUACUGCAUUCUGUGUAGCUGUUUGGUGUGUGGAUCAGUGUUUAUAGUCUUAUAGCAUUAUUAACUCCUUUAGUGCAAAAUUUCAAGAAAUGUGUCAAAUCUAUCUUCUUACAUUAUACAAAGUAUUUUUAGUUCCUGAAAAUAAUACAAGAAUGUGCUAUAAUCAUAGUGGUGACAGUUCUUAGAAAUCAUUGUUGCCUCUUCCUCUUACUUUUGCUUUUGUGUCACAGAGCAGCUUACAUCCUGGUAGAUUUGAAAGUUUAUAUUUGUAAUCCUUUGCUACGAGUACCUCAAUUGUAGCCAUUCCUGUUGACCUUGAAAAGCUUUGACACUACCUGGAGAUAUUUUUGUAAGCAUGCAUAUUGGCUAUGCAUGCUUAACUCAUGAGUACUUAAUGGAAAGAUGACCUGUGCCUUAUUGUCAGAACUGUUGUCCCUCUUAAUUAUGCUCUUCCUAGUGGAAUGUCCUGAUUUUCAAGAUCAGAAAUUUUACUUUCUUAAUGUCCUUAGAAGUCGCUAUUUUCACCAUAAGGUCCUUGGUGAUUUCAACACUUAUGCCAUCACUUACCUUGUGUUUUUUUCCUCUCGCAUUGGCAUUUCAAAUGAUAUUUAAGACAUUUGAGCUGUUCUGCAACACAGAUAGGACUAAAUAGUCUUCCAGGUUAUGGGCCUUAUUUUGACACUUGGUUUACUCACAGCAUUUAACAAUAAUUUAAUAAUACCAGCUCUAAACAGGCUUGUUACACUAGAGCUCCUCAAUUCACCUGUCUCAAGAAUGCUGUACGAGACUAGUCUUAUUUAUACACCGGCUCCACUAACUCUACACAAAUAUUUGAUCAAUACGCCAUCAACAAUGGAAUCUACCGUGUAUAUCUCUGCUUUUUUCAUAUAUUUACCCUAUUUUUGUUAAGUCAUUUCAAGGUUUUUAAGAAGUGUUACUGGUUAUACCAUGGAUUGAUAAAACUCCACUCAAGAAAGAGCUGUAUAAUACACUAAGCCAUAUCACAGCAUUCAAUGAAGAUGAAUAUACUUAGAUUAUUUUAUCCUAAUACAUUUAACAAAUAUUGAAAACACUGUUCAUGCAUUUUUUAACUUUUUUAGAAUAUAUUAAAAUUGUAUAAUUUCAUCUGGUAAACAUGCCGAUAACUAAUAUUUACAUUAUAUUUCCUUUGAUUAUAUUUUAGAUAUUGAUGCUAUAAUUUAAAAUUUAUUUAAUGUUUAAAUUUUUGUCAGAUUCAUAAAAUAGAUCAUUUAUCACUAGAGACAAUAAGACCUAAUUGAUUCAAAUAACAAUACAUUGUUACCAUGUACAGUAAACUCUAGGUAUACAAUUGUCUACAAAUUUGAAUUUGUAUAAUUUUUAUAAUUUAAGCAAAACAUUUAAGUAUUUUAUUGUGGGAUAUAAGACAAAUGUGUAAAUAUAUGUAUAAAGUAGUUGAAAUAAAGGUUGAAUGUUUAUAAAAAGUUAA